AGAUCCUUCUUUUUUGACUUUUCGAAAAUAGAUAAAUAAUAAAUGUUGCAAAUGCGAGAAGGAGAAAGAUGAAAAAGUUUAAAAUGGGUUGAAGAAGUCAUUGUUACUCUUUCGAAAGGGGAUGAAAAUGAUCGUAGGAAGGGGGAACGAAAGGAAAGGGGAAGGAACGACGGCGAGAAGUAUUUCUCGUUCGGUUAACCUCGGUCGAGUUCGGUUUAAUCUGACGAACACGAACCUAACCUCUCUUCUUUAUCCUUCUAUCUUCUCUAACGUGCGUACUAUGUUGACGUUUUUUUUGUUUUGGUUUGUUUCUUUGUCGUUACUUUUUUUUGCCUUGUCUAUUACAUAUUUAUCUUUCGUUAUACGAAUACUUCAUUGAUCGAGACGAAGUGGAUGAAGUAUGACAAAUAUAUUUUUAUCUUAUUACGAGCAUGAGUUAAUAAAUGGUGUAAGCUAAGAGUUUUCUAUUGGAGUAAUAAAAACGCUUAUAUAGAACAUAAGGGAAAAAUUUACGAAAUAGAACAACGAUAUAGUAAGAGAGAAAAAUAAGUAACAAAAAAACCGCAAAACUGGCGAACCUGGCGAAUCUCGCGAGUUGCGUCUCUACGAUGAUAGACGACGAAGAGCAAGAGGAGCUCCGUUGUACCGGAAGUGAUGUAGAAAUUGAAGAAUACACCGAUACGGAAGAAUCACCGUACGUCGGCGCUUAUCGUGCCAGUUCCGAUAAGCUAUUCGACAAAAGUAGAGCGACCUGGCAAAAAUUCACCUUUCUAAUCACUCUAUUUACCGUGGUUACAUCCGUAACAGUUCUUGUUAUCGGUUUUCCACUUUAUCUCGAAAGCAUCAGUGCCGUAUCCAACGCUUACACUGGUCUUCUCUUCAGUGCACUUGGGUCUGCUUGUAUUCUUGGAUUCGUCUAUUUUGUUAUCGAAAAAGUCUCUCCGCCUCCACCUUUGGUACCAAACUCGAUGAGAAUAAGGAUACCACGUUGCAUCCUAAUCAAAAUAAGCACGCUGUAUGCUUUUUCUGGCGUUCUUGUUGCUCUAUCUCUCGAUCAAAAUCGAGUUCUGUGUCAUCUUCAAGAUCCGAUCAAGGGCAUCACUCUACUUUUCUCAUUGGUUUACUAUUUCUUCUUCUCUCGCAAAAUGAUGAGCCUUCAACGGAUAUUCGCAAGUACGACGAUAAUAGUAGGCCUGUUUAUAAGUGUCGACUAUGGUCUUUGCGAUGAAUUUCGUUGUAGAGGAAGAGAAGUGUCUGCACAUACAGCGACGAUGAGAGGAUCCUGGGGCGUCAGAGCUGUCUGGACCUUUGUUUAUGUCGGUGCACUGGCCGCUUUCGCUAUGUUCUUCACUAUGCUCGAGCGUCAUUAUACUACCGGGCAACAAAAUAUUUGUCAAUUAUUGACAACUCAGCCAAGUUCUUUCCUCUAUACCGUCUCUCGCUUGGUCUCCUCGCGUGACAUACGACGAAGAGGAUCGGAAGAGGAGGGUGGUAGAUUGUUGCACGUCACGGACCCAGAUCCAACGAUAAAGCCGAAGAAUUAUCCGAAACCACCCAUACUUCAGACCCUUUUCCACAUACAUGCCAUCGCAUUUUUUGCGAUUCUUACGCUCUGUUGGUUGGACACAUUGCCUGGUAUCGGUAGGGGUCUAUCGCCAGUCGAUUUAUAUCGCAUCGUCGAACACGGUUUAUCCUGUCACUUCAAAGCAAUCGACUCUUGCUCGAAUGUAUACAGCCACGCAUGGAUUUGUCUAUUAGCUUACGUAGUCUUCGUCAUCUCGUCUAUAAACUUUCUUUCGAUGUGUGAAAGUGCUGUAUUUACCGUAGCUGCGGCUACAGUUUCUCUUCCUUUAUCUGGAAUUUGGUGGAGCAUUUACAAAAUGAACGUCGGUGCUAACGGCGGUUUCAUUGUAUGGUCACCUGGAGUAACUGGCGAAUUAAUUUGCGCUUUACUCGGUCUUCCGGUUGUACUCCUUGGCUUGGGCUUACUCGUCAGGUCUCACUUCAGGGAUAAUCAAGCUUAUUAUCAAACUAUACAACCACCUGACAUACAACACGAGCCAUCAUGCCAUAGAUGAAUCCUUCUUACGUUAUUUUUUUUUGCAUAAAUAUAUAUAUGUAUAUAUAUAUAUAUAUAUAUAUAUAUACAUAUAUAUAGUUAUAUCAAUAUAAUCGAGAAUGAAAGAGAAAAAAAUAAUGAGAGAUAAUAGAUAAUCGAUUUGGAAACGUAACAAAGAAACUCAAGCUACAAAUUAAACGAACCGAAGUUUAUUAUCUUCUUAUUAUUAGCGUAAUAUAAUUGUCGCUAAUAAGUUUAUUAUUAAUCUUUACUUAAUCGUACAUCUACCCACGAAGAUAACGAACUUUUACGUAAUUUAAUUGAAUCGAUAAUCGAUCCCAAGAAGGAUUUCAGAUACGCACAUACGCACGGACGAUUCUUUAAUCGUCUGACAAUUUUUUGAA